AUAUUUUUUGGAUCCAAUGUCUACAGCAGAUACAUUAAUGAUCCAUAUUUCAGUCUGAAACUUGCACAUCCCUUUGCUUUUUACCUCUUUUUUUUACUAAAAUGUUUAUUCUUACACACGACUCUCGAGUCUAAUCACAAUAAUAAUAUAAUAUCUGGGAUCACGUUAGAUAGAUUGCAAUCUGCCAGACAUAUUAAAUUCCACGUUUUUCUAGUGUUAUUUUGUUACAUUUUAAUAUUCUUUAAAAGGUCAAUACCAGCUCCAUCAGUUUUGGCUUCUGUUCUGCUGAAGGAAAUCGAUUCAGUUUGUGUUUGCAGUGCACCGUCAUGGAGGUUCCAACCUGUGACACUCCACUGUUAGUGCCACAGCAGAAACAGCAGCAACAUGGUGUCUUGGGAUUUUUUAAACUUGACAGGGAAGAAGUGAAGAUGCAAUUGAAAAUUGCAGUGCCCAUGAUUUUAACAAAUAUUUUUCAGUACGCUAUAAACCUUGUGUCCCUCAUGUUUGCAGGGCACCUGGGUGAGCUUGAGUUGGCUGGUGCUGCACUGGCCAGCUCCUGGGCUGUGGUCACUGGCCAAGUUAUAAUGGUUGGUUUGACUGGUGCCUUGGAGACUUUGUGUGGACAAGCAUAUGGGGCAAGGGAAUAUCUGAUGUUGGGUGUGUACUUGCAAGCAUCCAUGAUUGUCACAUUUGUUUGUGCAAUUUUUGUAACAAUAUUUUGGCUAUAUUCGGAGCCAAUAUUCAUACUCAUGGGGCAACGAGCUGAUGUGUCAGUGAUGGCCUCAAUAUAUUUGAAGAGUCUAAUUCCUGGUAUUUAUGCAUAUGCUAUGAUGCAGUCCUUAACACGUUUCUUCCAGACCCAAAGCAUUGUGAUGCCUUUGGCCAUGUGCUCAGUUUUCCCUUUGAUUCUCCAUUUUGGUCUUUGUUAUCUAUUAGUUCAUCAGACAACAUUGGGCUUUCACGGAGCUGCAUUGGCAAACUCAAUAUCAUUUUGGUUGAUAGUUUUUUGUUUGGUACUAUAUAUGAAACUGGGACAAAGCUGUCAAAAUACUUGGGGAGGAUUUUCCCAGAAAGCGUUCAAGGUUAUUGGCCCUUUUCUAAAACUGGGAUCUCAAUCUGCAAUCAUGGUGUGUUUGGAGUACUGGGCUUUUGAAAUUCUUGUUUUGGUUGCUGGGCUCUUACCUGAUUCUGAGAUGAAUACCUCAUUGAUUUCUAUAAGUGUAAAUACGGAAUGCCUUGCUUAUAUGAUUACCUUUGGCUUUAGUGCUGCUGUCAGCACUCGGGUAUCAAAUGAAAUUGGUGCUGGGAAUGAACACAAAGCAAAAUUAGCAGUUACGGUUACCGUCAAGUUAGCAGUUAUGCUAGCUUGUGCAAUUUCAGUUCUAUUGCUAUUUGGUCAUAAUAUCUGGGCAGCUGCUUUCAGUGACAGCUGGAAAAUUAGGCAAAAAUUUGCAACCAUGGCUCCACUACUUGCAGCUUCAAUAUUUUUUGAUGCAAUCCAAGGAAUUCUCUCAGGUGUAGCAAGAGGAUGCGGCUGGCAACAUUUAGCAGCAUGGACCAACUUGCUAGGAUUUUAUAUCAUUGGCAUGCCAAUAGCCAUAUUCCUUGCUUUUGUGCUGAAGCUAAAUUCAAAGGGUUUGUGGACAGGAAUACUUUGUGGCAUCUCAAGUCAGACAUGCAUCCUGUUGCUCAUCUCAUUUUUCUUGAUCAAUUGGACAAAGAUGGUGCAAGAUGCCCAAGAUCGACUAGGUGGAGAUGCAAAACAAGCGCUACCAACAACAAUCAACCCAUGAGAUGAUGUUUUCUGUCUUAUGUAAAGCAGUUUAUACUAUCCUUGCCAAUGCCCUAUAAACUCUUUAUAUUAGCUGGAGGAAAACAGGAUAGAUGAACUUCUAGUUUUAGUGAUUGUCCAGAAGAUAAUUUUUUGAUAUUUCACUCACCUAAACACUUUUUACAUGGGAAAGUUGGAAGAGCUAGGAGUGCAUGCAUUAUAUGUUGGAUUCCAAAAUGAUUUGAUUAAUUAUACCAAGAAUUUUAUCUUGGGAGUCACAUUAGUUGAAAUGGGUGAUGCAAGGAAUUUGUUUCUUAUAACAAUAUCCAAAGAAAUGGUGUAAUAGGUUGAAGUGAGAAGUUAUGAAUGGUAAUCAAAAGUGAUUGUCAAAAUCCUUCCAAUUUUACUUUA